AUGGGUUACAGCAAGACUGACGAAUUGGCCAUCAACACCAUCCGGACGUUGGCCGUCGAUGCCACGUUCAAGGCCAACUCCGGCCACCCGGGCGCGCCUAUGGGCAUGGCCCCUGUGGCCCACGUCUUGUUCAAUAAGUUCAUGACCUUCAACCCCAAGAACCCCAAGUGGCUGAACCGCGACCGAUUCGUGCUCUCCAACGGUCACGGCUGCAUGCUGCAGUACGCCCUGCUGCACCUAUUCGGCUACGACGUCAGCAUUGAUGACCUGAAGAACUUCCGCCAGGUUGAUAGCAUCACGCCAGGUCACCCAGAGAGCCACGACACUCCAGGUAUCGAGGUCACAACUGGUCCUCUCGGUCAGGGUUUCACCAAUGCAGUCGGUCUGGCCAUUGCCCAGGCACACACUGCCGGUGUCUUCAACAAGCCAGGCUACGAGCUGGUGAACAACUACACAUACACAUUCUUCGGUGAUGGCUGCGCUAUGGAGGGCGUUGCCAGUGAGGCAGCUUCCACCGCCGGUCAUUUGCAGCUCGGUAACCUGAUCGCCAUCUACGACGACAACCACAUCUCCAUUGACGGUGACACCAAGUGCGCCUUCACCGAGGAUGUCACCAAGCGCUUCGAGGCGUAUGGCUGGCACGUCGAGUGGGUUAAGGACGGUGACAGCGAUCUCGAGGGCAUCGAGGCCGCCAUCAAGAAGGCCAAGGAGAUCAAGGACAAGCCAUCCAUGAUCAGACUGACGACCACUAUUGGUUUCGGCUCGAAGCUCCAGGGCACCGGCGGUGUCCACGGCAACCCACUGAAGGACGAUGACUGCAAGCAGGUCAAGGAGAAGUUCGGUUUCGACCCAGAGAAGAGCUUCGUUGUUCCACAAGAGGUCUACGACAUGUACCACAAGCACGCGUCUGAGGGUGCUGCGGCCGAGCAGGAGUGGAACAAGCUUCUCGAAAAAUACAGCGAGGAGCACAAGGAGCUCGGCGCUGAUCUCAAGCGUCGUCUGACUGGCAAGCUCCCAGAGGGCUGGCAGACAAAGCUCCCGGUCUACAAGCCAUCGGACAAGGCUAUUGCUUCCCGUAAGCUGUCCGAGUCCGUUCUUGAGGCCAUCUACGAGGCCGUUCCAGAGCUUGUGUCCGGAUCUGCUGAUUUGACUGGCUCCAACAACACCCGCUGGAAGGCCGCCGUCGACUUCCAGCCACCAAGUCUCGGCAUUGGUGAGUGGAGCGGUCGCUACAUGCGCUACGGUGUGCGUGAGCACGCCAUGGCUGGUAUCAUGAACGGUCUCUCCGCGUACGGUACCAUAAUCCCGGCCGGUGGCACUUUCUUGAACUUCGUCUCCUACGCUGCCGGUGCCGUCCGUCUCUCUUCGCUCUCCCACCAGCGAGUCAUCUACAUUGCUACCCACGACUCGAUUGGUCUUGGUGAGGACGGCCCAACACAUCAGCCUAUCGAGACUCUUGCACACUUCCGCGCCCUGCCAAACAUGAUGGUCUGGCGUCCAGCCGACGGUAACGAGACCUCCGCAGCUUACUACGUGGCUCUCACAUCGCAGAGCACACCUUCGAUCAUGGCUCUGACACGCCAGAACCUGCCACAGCUCGAGGGCUCCACCAUCGAGAAGGCCAUCAAGGGUGGCUACGUCGCACUCGAGGACUCGAACGCGCAGAUCACACUUGUCUCGACAGGCUCAGAGGUGUCGCUCUGCUUGGAAGCCGUCAAGUACCUCAAGGAUAACCACAACACUGCUGCCCGUGUCGUCUCGAUGCCUUGCGUUGAGGUGUUCGACGCACAAUCGAAGGACUACAAGCUUUCAGUGAUCCCAGAUGGCAUCCCAGCACUCAGUGUUGAGGUUAUGAGCACUCUCGGAUGGGAGAAGUACUCACACGAGCAGUUCGGUCUGAACCGAUUCGGUGCUUCCGGACCAUACACCAAGGUGUACGAGAAGUUUGAGUUUACUCCAGCUGGUGUGGCCAAGCGCGCAGUCGCAACAGUGGACUUCUACAAGGAGGUCAAGCCAUUGCGCUCGCCACUCAACCGUGCGUUCCAGCAGCUCAUCUAG